GAUUGGUGUUUUGCUAGCUGUCAAACGACACAAACCAAAAUUUAGGCGGAUUUUUGUUAAGUACCGAAGCUCUUCAGCUGUUCUGCUUGUGUUUCAUAUCGGUAAAAAAUCGUGUCCAUUCCGGAAAAAAACUAGUUGGAUAGUAUUCAAAUUAGCAGUAUUAUCAGAGAGGAUAUUGUGUUUCGCCAGGCAUUCCUUCAGAGAGUUAACGCAAAUACAAUGGAGCCUAAUAACUCGGAAACCGCCGGAACGUCCAACCCGGAUCGCUCGUGGGUUACGUUGGGCGAGAUACUGAAGGAACAAGAGGAACUGGAAGCGGAAAGCGAUGCCGUUUUGGGUGGAUCCGAUGAAAAGAAUUGCACGUAUUCUCGGGGCUACAUUGGACGCCAGGCCUUGUACGCGUGCAUGACUUGCAUGCCGGAAUCUCGAGUGAACGAGGAGAAGCGGGCGGGAGUUUGCCUAGCGUGUUCUUACCAAUGCCAUGAGGGACACGACCUGAUAGAGCUGUACACCAAAAGGAACUUCCGCUGCGACUGUGGAGGAAAACGCAUGCCGGAUGUCCGUUGCAAGCUGGACCCGCUCAAGAUAGAAGCAAACACCCUCAAUCUGUACAAUCAAAAUUUCAGUGGAACCUACUGUACUUGCCAUCGGCCUUAUCCAGAUCCGGAAGAUAAUGUGGAAGAUGAGAUGAUCCAAUGUGUGGUCUGCGAAGAUUGGUACCAUACCAGGCAUCUGGGAACCGAUGACGUUCCGAACACGACGAAGGAUUUCGCGGAGAUGAUCUGCGAAGGAUGUGUGCAGAGGGUUGGCUUUCUGCGGAACUAUGUCGGUAAGAUAGAGGACGGAAAUCAGACGCAACUGAAUGACACAGUGCAGGUUGAUGUGACCGGCAUAGAUGAGUCUAAUGUGGCCGAUACAAGUACAGUUACGGUUUCAAACGAUGAAAGCAAGGCGGAGGGUCAAACUGCGGACGCGGAUUGUGAACCCAGUGACGCAAAGCGUGUUAAGUUAGACAUCUGCACCAAACCUCCAUAUGAUGAAGGUGAAUCCGGUGCGUAUAAAAAGGGGGCAACUUUCUGGAACGAAGGAUGGAGGAACUUCCUUUGCCGUUGCACGGAUUGUACGACCACGUACAAAACACUGAAAGUGGAGUUUCUCCUGGACGAAAAGGACACCGUACAGUGGUACGAAGAGCACGGGCGCCAAAAGCAGAAGCAAGACGAUAAGAAUACCGAUGAUCAAGCGAUGGAAGCCUUCAACAAAAUGGGACGUGUUCAGCAAGUGGAAUUCCUCACGGGAAUCAAUCAUAUGCAGGUCCGAUUGAAGGAAUUUCUGGACACGUUUGUCACCAACCAUCAGGUCGUGACGGAGAAGGAUGUUCACGAAUUUUUCGCCAAGUUGAAGAAGGAAAGAUCGGAAACCGUUGGGGCUCCUUCGCAUUUUUGCCGUUGAAUUUUAGUGUUUCUUUAUUUUUUAAAAACUUGUAUUUCAUCCAAUGCAUUCGAAUUGUAAUAAUACCAUUAAAAUCGUCGCAGCAUAAUUUGUCGAUAAAUUUUAUUGUAAUGAACGUUUUGAUUCAAAUG